AUGGGUACUUUUCGAAGUUUCGUCGAGGAGAAUAUACGCUAUGAAAUUUUGGCUUUGAUAGCGUUAAGCUUCCUUUGGGAGUUUUACCUGAGUUUACGUCAGAAAAAGUUAAUGCAGAAGCUGGUGGAGCUACCAGAAUGUCUUAAUGGAAUACUGACAAAAGAUCUUUAUGAUAAGGCACGCAGUUACGCACUUGCUAAGAGUACAUAUUCUAACUAUCAAAAUUUGUAUUCAACAUUAUUCACUGUGAUAUUGAUAUUAACAUUCUCAUUCUAUCUCUUUUGGGAAUGGGCUACUGCAAUAGCAAUUAAAAUAGGUUUCAGCACAGCCAAUGAAAUCCUUAUAAGUGCAAUCUAUAUGUUUAUCAUUAACAUGUUAACUGUACUUGUUGAUUUCCCUUUCAAAGUCUAUAAUACAUUUGUCUUGGAGGAAGAGUAUGGUUUUAAUAAGCAGACUGUACGCUUCUUCAUAAAGGAUCAGGCUCUAAAACUACUUGUGACCCAACUGAUUGCACUACCUCUGAUCUGUAGUAUAAUUUGGAUAGUUCAAAAUGGUGGAGAAUACUUCUUCGUGUAUCUCUGGCUGUUUACUGUGGCAGUUUCACUGUUCAUGCUAAUUCUUUAUCCGGAAGUUAUAGCUCCACUAUUUGACAAAUAUUCACCACUGCCAGAGGGAGAGCUAAAAACACAAAUUGAAGCUCUAGCUGCUUCGAUAAACUUUCCACUGUAUAAGCUUUACAUAGUUGACAGUUCGAAAAGAUCUUCACAUAGUAAUGCUUACUUGUACGGAUUUCACAAAUACAAAAGGAUCGUAUUAUUUGAUACUCUAGUUAAGGAAUAUUACAAGCCUGAUGAAAAAGACGGAAAAAAGGAUCAAGGCUGCGAAACUGAUGAAGUUGUGGGUGUACUAGCACAUGAACUUGGUCACUGGAAAUAUAAUCACACUGUCAAAGGUUUCUUUCUUACCCAGGUCAACCUGAUGAUAAACUUCAUUCUAUUUGCCAAAUUAUUGCAUUAUCAACCAAUGUACACAGCUUUUGGAUUUACGACCGUUCAACCGAUAUUCGUCGGUCUCAUUAUAGUUAUGAUGUAUAUCCUUAUGCCCCUAAAUACCUUAAUGGGUUUCGUGUAUACUGUGAAUUCAAGAAAGUUUGAAUUUGAAGCAGAUAUGUUCGCAAAAAAACUUGGACAUGCUGAACCCAUAAGAAGGGCACUUAUUAAGCUGCAUAAGGAUAAUCUAGGAUAUCCACUAUUCGACAAACUUUAUUCUGGAUGGCAUCAUGAUCAUCCACCUCUUCUCCAGAGAUUGGAAGCUCUUAAUAAGGAAGACUAAUUUUAAACAUCAGGUAUUACAGUAUAUGUACUACAACUGUAUAUCAUAUAGUGAUUGGUUUAAAAUUGUAUGCAAAAAGUGAUAAUACUGCAUUGACAUACACAGUUAGCAAAGACACCAGCUACCUGAUUUUAAACUGAUAUUUUUGUGUGCAUUUUUAUUCUUAUACGUUACUAGUAUGGACCGUAGUUAUCUCUUUCAAGUCCAACAAGAGUUUGAUAAUAUACAGUCUUAGAUGUUCGUUAUACUUUGUAAUAUUAUUUUCAAAGAAAGUUUUCCUUUUUGUAAAUUUUUCUACAUACAAUCAUAAUGGUCAUAUCUUCUCUCCAGUACACUGCGAGAGGUUUAAUCAAUUUCUCGUUUUUUCUAAUUGAGUUUAUAAAAAUCGACAUUUCAUUUCUAUUUUGCUAAGGAACAACAGGUGUAUAAAUUAUACAUGGAUAAAGGAUAUAGAGAAAUAUGCCAUUUAUUAUUAAAAUAAAAUGACAGACUAAAAUAUUUGUAUGGUAAUUGUGCUGAAAGGAAUCAUACCAAAUGUUAGCAUACCAAUAAAGUGAAAUGUAUUAAACAAAA